GGACCAGUCCAGCAGUGGGAGAGGAGCCGGACACCCUCCUACUUAAAUAUCACACUAAACAGUACCCAAAGAACCUUGGUAAGAUGGCCGCCGCGCCAGUGGACCCAGUGACAGAGCCACGUAUGUACCAGCAGUCGCUUCUUCUGGGUGGCCUUUGUGAACUACUUGAGAAUGACAAGUUUGUGGACUGUGUCCUGAAGAUUAAGGACCAGGAUUUCCCUUGCCACAAGCUGGUGUUGGCUGCCAGCAGCCCGUACUUUAAAGCCAUGUUCCUCUCUGACUUGGAGGAGAGCAAAAAACGAGAAGUAGUCCUGAAAGAUGUGGAACCAGGAAUCAUGGGGAUGAUCCUGAGGUACAUCUAUACCUGUGACAUCAACUUGACUGAGCAGAAUGUCCAGGACAUCUUCAUGGCAGCCAACAUGUACCAGAUUCCUUCCAUUUUUAGUGUAUGUGUAUCCUACCUGGAGCAUAAAAUGGUGCUGAGCAACUGUCUAGCCAUCUUCAGGCUCGGACUACUACUGGAGUGCCCGAGACUGGCAGCAAAGGCUCGGGACUACAUUUGUGACCGCUUUGAGGUCAUCAUCCGGGACCAGGACUACCACCAGCUGGGAUGUGGAGAACUAGCUGCUAUUAUCACAUGUGAUUCCCUUAAUGUGGAAAAGGAAGAGCAGGUGUUUGAAGCAUUAAUGCAAUGGGUCGAGUAUGAUCAGACUGAAAGGCGGAAGGAUCUUCCAGAACUCCUGCACUGCAUACGGUUUCGCCUGAUGCCAUCUGCUUAUUUUAAGGAGAAAGUGGAGGGGCACCGGUUGAUCAAAUCCAACCAGGAGCUCAAGAAAGAACUGCAGCUUGUCAAGGAUGCACAAAAAGGACUGUUGCCCAAAGUCAGAAGGCCAUCAGGAAAGAAAGGAGGAGCCACAGUAGGUGAUGAAGAUGAGGAUAAAAUCGAUGAGGGUCUGCUUCCUGGGAUCCUGAAUGAUAACCUACGCUUUGGAAUGUUUCUAAAGGACUUUAUAUUAAUGAUUAGCGACACGGGGACAGUUGCCUAUGACCCUGCUGAAAAUGAAUGCUAUGUAGCCUCUUCAUCUACAGAUAUACCAAAAAAUCACUGCAGCAUGGUGACCAAAGAGAAUCAGAUCUUUGUGGCUGGAGGGCUCAUAUAUAACGAGCAAAACACAGAUGAACCCUUCAGCUCUUACUUCCUACAGUUUGACCCCGUGAGCUCUGAAUGGCUCGGGAUGCCCUCGCUGCCAAACCCCCGCUGCCUCUUUGGGCUCGCUGAUGCCGAGAACUCCAUCUUUGUCAUAGGUGGAAAAGAGCUGAAAGAGGGAGAGCAUGCUUUAGACACUGUCAUGAUCUACGACAGACAAUCUUUCAAAUGGGGCGAAUCAGACCCGCUUCCGUAUUCAGUCUAUGGCCAUGGGACUGCCUCACAUAAUGGGCUCAUCUACGUCCUGGGUGGAAAAUCAGACAGCAAGAAGUGCCUGAGGAGAAUGUGUGUCUACAAGCCCUCGAAGUUCGAGUGGAAGGAGCUGGCGCCGAUGAAAACUGCUCGCUCCCUGUUUGGCGUCACCGUUCACAAGAACAAAAUCUAUGUGGUGACAGGAGUCACUGAUGACGGCCUGACCAGCAAAGCUGAGGUUUAUGACAUCGCUAAAAACACGUGGUCUGAAUUCGAGGAGUUCCCCCAGGAGAGAAGUUCUCUGAACCUGAUCUCACUAGCUGGCUCUUUGUAUGCUGUGGGAGGCUUCGCCAUGAUGCCCAGUGACACCACGGAGAAGCUGGAACCCACAGAGAUGAACGAUAUCUGGAGGUUUGAUGAGGAGGAAAACUGCUGGUCUGGGAUGCUGCGGGAGAUUCGCUACGCUUCAGGCGCCACAGUGUUAGGAGUACGCCUCAAUGCUUUACGACUCACCAAGAUAUAAUCGAUUGAAGUUUAGCGUGUGACGAGCACUUGAACUAUUAACGAUUUUCACAAUCAAGUAUACGUGCAUGAACUUUAAAAAAAACAAACCUGGAAGAUGUAUGAGUGUAAAAAAAACCUGGAGAGCAGGUGGAGACAAAGAACGGACCAUUUUUUCAUUUUUCAUUCGACAUAUGAAUUGUUGUGUCUGCACAAAGGUGUGAUGCGAUUUCUGCAUAUUUGAAUUAAAGACAUCUUUAUU